CUUUUCCUUAAUAUGACAGAUAAGUGACAGCAAAUAUGUUUAAAGGGCUGAAUUCUCAUUCCUCACCACUGCCCAGAAACACCCUAUCAGUUUUUAAAUUUUCAGUAAAUUUGUAUUUGCCUAAAUUGGAAUUUUGUUAUAAUGUGUUAAAUUUUUGAGGAGAACAAAAUGAAAACAGGACAGAACCUUAAUAAUAACAGUGAAACAAAAUGAAUUAUCAAACAUGGUACACAAAUUUCUUAAUCAAACAUCCAUAUAUUGUGUUGCUUGCAAUUUCAGUAUUUUCUUGUACUUGUUUAACACUACCCUUUACAGUAAAAAAAAUAGCCCUACCAAAGUUUCAGGACCCCCAAAUGGGUUUCUCUACUAGAGGUACAUUAAUAUCAAAUCGGUUAACAACAUGGCAAAAUUUAGAGGAAGAAUGUAGGCCUUCGGGAUAUUUAACUAAAAACCCUAAGGAAUACUUAAUGCAUAAGAACAUGAAUAAUUCUUUUUUAAAUGAACCUCGUAUCAAAACAGAAGGGAGAAGAAAAAAUAAAAACAGUAGAGAUAGAUUAUUUGGCCAGAACAAUUAUGUUGAAUAUGAACCAAAAAAUGAAACUGUUUAUGGAAAAGUAAUCACGAAUGAAAAAAAUGCAACAGAAACUACUAAGUUUGGGCUAGAUUACCUACAAAACUUAACCAAUAAAAACAAUAAACAUAGAGUUUAUGAGAAACACUUUUGUGGCCCCCCUGAUGAAAAAUAUGUACAUAUUGUUGUAAGUACUGUGAACAAUCAGGAUCUAUUUACAUGGGAGCAUAUAAAAUCACUGUGCACUCUUGAAAAUAGUCUAAUGAAUUUAAAAAAUGUUCCUAGCUUGUGUAUUUCAAAUUCAGGAAUCUGUUGCAGACCCUGGACUUUACCUAACUAUAUAGCAGCUUUGCAUAACAGAAAAAAUUGUUUGAAUAUUCAGGAAAGUGACGUUAAUAAAACCAAAGGCAUUCUAGAAAGAUGUGCACAGUAUUUUCACAGUAAUGAACUUUACAUGAGUUGUUUUCGAAAAAGGGAUUGUGAAGUUCCUUUGGAGUGCUUAAAAUUUGAUGCUGUGUAUAACAUAUUAAAUUUUUUAACUAGUGUUUCAUUCCUUCCUCCAGAAGAUAACAAAAAUGAAGGGCAUAUUUUAAAAGAAACUAUAAUAUUUCUUCCUAUUGCUGCGAGCUCAGCUAGUGUACCUUUAUAUCAUGAAUUGGAAAAUGUUAAAAAAGAUUUUGAGGGGUUGUCAAUUGUAGCUGUAGAUUUUGGAAUUAAAAGUGUUAUAUUUGAUGAGUAUCUGUUAAGAGAUACUUGGUUGAUGGGUAUGGGAAUUGUGUUCAUAUUCAUCUGUAUAUGGAUAUAUACAGCCUCAUUGUUUUUAACGAUCAUGACAAUAAUUGCUAUUGUAUUCACAAUGGCUAUCACUUAUUUUUUAUACGAUGUUGUAUAUGAAAUUUCUUUCUUUCCAUUUAUGAAUAUGUUGACACUCAUUAUAUGCAUUGGUAUUGGAGCAGAUGAUACUUUUAUAUUUUGUAAAAUUUGGCAAGUCAACAAAAAAGAUCAGGCUAAUGAAAAUAAUAUUUCUGUAAUUAUGUCCAAAACUUUUUAUCAUGCCUUUACGUCAAUGUUUGUAUCAAUGUUGACAACUGCCGUAGCUUUUUGGGGAUCUUAUGUCAGUUGUGUAACAGCAAUUAGUUGUUUUAGUAUAUUUGCUGGAACUGCCAUAAUUGUAAAUUUCUUUCUUAUGGUAACUUGGUUUCCAGCAGGAAUAGUAAUAUGGGAACAAUUUUGUGUCUCAAGACUUGUUUGCCGGUGCUACUUUGUGGCUGCUUUAGGUCAAUUCAUGUGCUGUUUCAAAUCCAGAUGGAAUCUAUCACCAACUUUUUGUAAAUGUUUAAGUGCUGCAUGGAAAGGGAAAAAACAAUUUCUAACAAAAACGAUAAUUAAUUUAAAAUACUUCUGGACGUUACUUUUCACAAUAUUAGCUUUGGCUUCAACAGUGGUCGUAUUUGUUUAUCCCAGGCUCAGACUUCCAAACUCAAGAGAUUUCCAACUGUUUUCUUCAGAUCACCUUUUUGAAAAAUAUGACUUUAUGUAUAAAGAUAAGUUCUGGUUUAAACGCGAUAAGGGUGAAUGGGUAAAUGAUUACAAACUACCAUUAAGAUUUGUAUUUGGAGUGAAAUCAGUUGAUAAUGGCAAUCAUCUAAAUCCAUCAGAUUUAGGUGUAGUAGAAUAUGAUUUGAAUUUUGAUAUGGCUGAUCCAGAGUCCCAGGAAUGGCUGAGAAAUUUUUGUUUGAACCUUAGACAACAGUCGUUCUAUCAGCCUGUAAUAGGUAUUUCUUUAACUAGUUGUUUCAUCGAGACUUUUGCGAAGAGUAUGACCAGGAAAUGUAUAGAUGACUUUACGCAGAGAGAUCGUUCUCCAUGUUGUGACGUUUCCGAGUUUCCUUUUAACAGAACGGUAUUUAAUACGUGCAUAAUGGAUGAGAUGGCUGAGGUAUACGGUGGACCUGCAGAUAUAACAUAUCCAAAAACAGCCGGUGUUAUGUUUUCCAAGGAGAAUGUACCAACAAUAAAAGCUGUUGUUGUCGAAUUUGACAGCAACAUUAGUUUUUCUCUGUCGUAUGAGGACGUUAAACAAUUUUAUAACACCGUAGAUUCGUGGACAAAAGAAGAGUUGAGUACUGCACCAGACUCCAUGAAAAAUGGAUUUUUUGUCAGUGACUUGCAUUUCUAUGAUCUACAAAAUGAACUAGGCAGAGGUACAAAGAUUUCUAUAUUUGUAUCCAUGGCACUGGCAGCUGCAGUUUUAUUUAUAUCUACAUUGAAUCCCCUUAUUAGCAUCCUCGCUAUAAUUACUAUCACUUUUAGUAUAAUUAUAACCAUAGCAGGCCUGGUUUUAUGUGGAUGGACACUGAAUAUCCUUGAAUCCGUCACCGUGUCUACCGCCAUAGGUUUAGCGGUGGAUUUCAGCUUGCAUUACUCAGUAAACUACAAAUUGUGUCCACCAAAUAAAGCAAAGAACAGAGAGGAAGCCACUGUCUAUGCAUUAUCUCAUCUCAUGGGACCUUGUUUUAUGGCUGCGUUGACAACAGCUGCUGCCGGAUUUUUCAUGAUGUUUUCCCUGAUAUUACCGUAUUACCAAAUCGGUUUGUUUAUGAUCCUUGUAAUGGCCGUCAGCUGGAUCUACGCCACUUUUUUCUUGGGUGCUCUAUUUGCUACAGUGGGUCCAAUUAAGAACACCUGUCAAUAUACUUACAAAGGAAUUAUACAUAGCUUUUUUGGAAAUAGCAGAACAGAACAAACUAGACGUAAUAAUAUUGAAGUAAUGACAAGCACUUCCAGCAACCAAGAUCUCGACAGUGUGUCUUUUUUGAAGCGAGACACACCAAAGCCUGUGAAGAAGAAAUCAUUUAGGGAGCCCCAAGUUAAGUAUACACCCCAUCAGGGUCUUACAGAUCAAUCUCCAUCGAGUAAUAUUACAAUCAUUAUGACUGAUGAUAAUUAAUUUUUUCAUAAUUAUUAUUUACAAAAAUAUCUCUCUCAGUGAUUAAAUCAAUCGAAAAUUGAUAAUUAAAUCAGGGGCUUAUAAUACAACGUACAUCAAACAAAUAAUAAUAGAAAACCAGAUUGUAAGGUAUAACAUGUUAAUUGGUAGGUAGUUUAACUUAGUAGAUUGAAGAAUACCGAUACCGGUGGCGGAUUUAGGGUUUGCAGAAAAAGGUUCAGAAUUUUGUCUAAGGGCCUACAUUUUUUAAUCCUAAUUUUACUAUCUAAACAAAUUCUAUUAAUAUUUACAAAUUUAUGUCACACCUAAAGUUGACGUGAACUCUAUUUGCUUUUUUUGCACUGUCAAAUUCAUUUUUUCCUUUUCAAAACUUGCAAUGAUAUUUUCAAAAAAUAUGAACAACGAAAUGUAUAUUAAAGUUAAUUUCUAAUAAAAUUAUAUUUUUAGAAAAGUAACUGUUACCUAAAAAGUUAUAUUUUUUCUAUUAUGAUUCGAAUUAAUUGAUUGAUUAUAAUAAUUUGUCUGUUUCGUGUAAAAAGGAAAAUAAGAGACACUGCAUCUCUUAUUCAAAAUCAUAUAUCUUUUCAUUAUACAGACAUUUUUAAAGCUAGUCGUGAAUCCGCCACUGAUAGUAAAUGAUGAAAUUUCUAAUGCAAAAGGCAUUUGAGAUAGUAUUUUGUAUUUUAUCGGAUAUAUGAUGUAUUGUCUGAUAAAAUUACACGAAUAUAGCGUAAUCAAGAGAAGCUAAAAUCCUAUUUUAGUUGAACAUAUUCGCCGUGAAAUUUCAGCCUUCCACGCGAAUAUUCUUGAUGUAAUUAAAUUUAAGGUACUUAAAUACUUAAUAAUAUAAUAACUUAAAAACCACUUCUGUGAUAUUUUUUAUUUUCUAAGAUAAUAUUCUUUCCUAAUUAAAAUAUAUCGUUUGUUUUUAAUAUUUACACAAAACAUAACAAUACAUGAGGCCUAACUUUUAGAAAAAUACUAGUUUAUUAUUUGCACAUGUAAGAUAAUGAUUAUAUAAGAUGUAAAAUUUCUAUGACGCGUUAACGACUGAAAUAAAGUCUAUAACAAAGUAUACUAAACAAUAUUCCAGUUUUUAGAACAAUGUUGUAAUAUUAAGAAAUUUAGUGAAAGUUAUAUAUUGAGAUUGAGAAAAUCACAUAUCUAGCACAUUCAAGGGCCAGCAGGGUUGGAUUUUUAAAUGAUUUUGUUCAGUACUACACAUGAGUUUAUUGAACGCAUAAAAAUCAGCAAUAUUAGAGGUCUUAAAAGCAAUGCAAUCUACUUAGUGUAAUAAUAUCAUCUGAAUUUAAAAAAAUAAUUAUACCAUUUUUUUGAAUACUCUUAAAUUUUGCUUACGCAUAAAAUUUUGCUUUGUGCAAAACCAGUGGUAUUCUUUAGUACAUUGGAACCUAGUGGGCACGUUGCCAAAUGCCAAUGCCCGUAAAAGUGUCUUAAAAGUUCAACUGCUUUUGGUAUUAUUACCAGUAUUAUUUUUCUAUUUAUUUAAAUUAUUAAAAAGUAUAUAAUAUCGUCAUUUGUGGAUUGAGCAUAUGAUUUGCUGGUUCCUGUAUUUGUAAGAAAAACAAAUUUAGAAUUAUUCAGAGUAAAACGAUUAUUUGAUAACAUGACAGAUAUUUGCAUUUAACCAACAGUACAUGGUUCUUAGAUUUAAUUACUUGAUAUCUGGCUGACUAUCUGUGCUAAAACUAGGUGAGGUGACUCUAAAGUCACUUUUUGUGAUGUAGACUAGUAAAAAUACAUCAUCUUAAAUUUAGAGACGAAUUGUGUGUUAGAUUAGAGUAAUAAAUGUUGUAUGUGUAAGAGCCAAUGGCAAUUGUGGUGAAUAGCUUUAACCGAAAUCACUCUGUCCAGAAGACAUAACAGAGCAUAAUAUAUGUUAUGUAUGAUAUAUAUUUUCAUAUAAAAAUCAACAAGGCAAUUUCAAUAAAGUUGAUCUCUACAUUCCACUUAGUCUCUAGUUAAGGAAGUGUAAUGUAAUAAUAAAUGUCCUAAAUACAUAUGUGGUCAAUUUCAAAUAUGUCCACUUUGACAAUACUACCAAGUAUUAAUCUUCUGGUAAGCAUUAGUCAGUAUUAUUAAAUGUGUUUCCCUUCGACGCACCUGUUUUGCUCAAAAUUAUAUUACCUUAAACAAGAUCCUAUUGAAACUUCGCUUUUACUUCAAGCAUUGUGCCAAUAUAUUUAUGCUUUUUAAGCAUAACAUUUUUUAAACGUUUGUAGGUACAUUGUAUAAUAUUUAUUUAGAUUUUUAUAAAGGCGCCAGUGAGCGAAUUUAUAAUAUUCCUAUACUUUGGUGAUAUCAUUUACACUUUACUGUAACUUAUUUCAACUUCAGGUCAGCCUCCGAGUUGACGCAAGUAGGUUGGGGCCCGCAUUAACCAAAAACCGAAAAACCUCUAUAUAAUUUAUUUUGUUUAAUAAUCACAAAAAGAUACUCAUUAAUUUAAUUUUAUUUUUAUAUAUUUCUAUAUUUUUAUAACUACAUUGUAUACUGCAUUAUAUACUAUAUAGGUGGUUUGGAAUUAAAUGUAUAUAUAUUUUUUAUUUUGGGCCCUCAACUUCGGAUUCUUUUGGAGCGUUAAAUCCUGAAGUUUGAUAAUAUCUAUUGGAUACCAUAUACUUAAGACAUGUGUUUAUGUUAACUGGAUUUAGGUUAAGUAUGUUAAUUAAGUAGUAGAAUAUUACAAAAAUGAAUACAUUAAAAAAUCAAAUAAAAAAAAACAUUUAAUGUAUUUCAUUGGGAAGGCACAGUGUUCAUUACAUUGACUUGAAUUUAUUAACUUAUGUUUGCUUCAAAAAUACAUCAUUAGUAGUUCAAACACUGUGUCUUGGUUAGUCAUACUUAGUUGUAAUUAGAUGUUGAGAAAUACAUACUGAAUGUUAAAUAAUACAAUAACUAAAUUAUCAAAAAUAAAUAACCAUUUCAAAAA